UGGAGAAUCCCAGGGAGAGAGGAGCCUGGUGGGCUGCCGUCUAUGGGGUCGCACAGAGUCGGACACGGCUGAAGCGACUUAGCAGCAGCAGCAGUGUCCUCACCUGUCAGUAGGGACAGGAACGCCUACCCAGUAGGCCUUUUCUGUGAAUUAGGUAAUAUCGGUCCAGGGACUCCUGCAGUGGCUGGCACAUAGCACUCAGAGGGGGACCGAGACCACAUUGUUUUGCAGUUUCUGAAAGUAUUUCAAGGCAGAACUUUGGGUGUUGACGAGAGUGAUGGAAGGUCACAAGGCAGAAGAAGAGGUGUUAGAUAUUCUCCGACUGAACGUGGGUGGCUGCAUUUACACAGCCAGGCGGGAGUCCUUGUGCCGCUUUAAGGAUUCAAUGCUGGCAUCCAUGUUCAGUGGUCGCUUCCCUUUAAAAACAGAUGAAUCAGGAGCUUGUGUUAUUGACCGUGAUGGACAUCUAUUUAAAUACCUUUUGGAUUAUCUUCAUGGAGAAGUUCACAUUCCCACAGAGGAGCAAACCCGGGUUGCUCUGCAGGAAGAAGCUGAUUACUUUGGCAUCCCUUAUCCAUACAGCCUGUCUGACCACUUGGCCAAUGAAAUGGAGACAUAUUCUUUAAGGUCAAAUAUAGAACUUAAAAAGGCUUUAACAGACUUCUGUGAUUCGUAUGGUUUAGUAUGCAAUAAACCAACAGUUUGGGUUCUCCACUAUCUUAACACAUCUGGUGCAAGCUGUGAGAGUAGAAUUAUUGGUGUAUAUUCCACAAAAACUGAUGGAACAGAUGCUAUUGAUAAACAGCUGGGAGGAAGAAUUCACAGUAAAAGCAUUUUUAAAAGGGAGGCGGGAAAUAAUGUUCAGUACAUUUGGAGCUAUUAUUCAGUAGCAGAAUUGAAGAAAAUGAUGGAUGCCUUUGAUGCCUGGGAAGGAAAAGGUGUUAGCUACUGGCGGGUGCCUCACGAGCUGAUAGAAUGCUGGACUCUGGAAGAGCGCCCUUUACUUGGAAGCCUGAGUCACAUGGCUCCAAUUCGAAAGAGGCGACUAAUAGCAGUCAAUGACGAGGAAGAAGAAGGCGCGAACUGUAAGACCGGACCUAAGCCAGUCCGAUUUUUGGGUCCUUCCACCAGCACCCAAAUUAAGGUCAAGAACUCUGCUUCCGUCAGGGUGUCUCCGGCCAGUGCCCCCCAACCCUGGCCCCGGGCAACGGCAACCCUGGCUGCAGGAGGAAGGGCGGCUCGGCGCUCUGCCCAGUCGAAAGCGCCAACGCUGGUGGGGACCGGGCUGCCCGGGCAUCCCCAGGCUGCACAGGGGCCUGGGGCUGCUGAGAACGGGGCCGCGCACCUACCUCCGGCUAAGGUUCUGCUCUCGGACAAGACAGCCACCCCGCACCGAGUGAUCAAGCUGAAACGGACUCCCCUGUGCGCCGCCGGGUCUCCACUGCCUGCCUGCACCACACCCAGGCCGGCGGGUCCCCCGGAUCCGCCCCCUGACGCCCUCAGCCCGCGGGGCGCGUGGACCGGGAACGGGCAGGACCAGACCGAGUGAUGGAAACGGGGACUCGGGAUGUCCCGUUUGCCUCUCCAAGCUUCCAGCCCAUUAACACAAAUAAGCAGCUCUCUUUCCCCAUACUGUCCAGGUGAACACUUACGUUUCUAUUUAGGAUGAUCAGUGUGAAGUAGGAAUGGAGGAGGGAGACUGUAAGUGGUUGGGCCUAUGUUUACUUCUCAUUUUCCCAACGUUUAAAUUAUUUGUCAAGGGACAGUUUUAAUUUCAGGUUUUUUAAUGUGUAGUGUUUUUUUUUUUUUUUACGUUUAAUUGGUAUUAAGGCAACAAAACAGCUGGGCAAAGUCAAACCUUAGGACGUCUACUUUGUUGCUGAAAUAAUUAUAGAUUUUAGGCACUUAUUUGAUGUUACUUAUUGCAGCGGAGAGGUAAAAGUGAAAUUUGAGCUCUGCUCUUCCUGUCGGUGAAAUAGAGAGGGUGAUUUAGUGCUUCCCUGUGCUACCUGCCAGAUGGGGAAGAUUUGAGAGAAAAUGUAGAUCAAGGUGAACUCCCUGUAGGUGACUCUCAGACUCAAGAGGUAACAUGGAAAGAAAUGAUGGGGAGGGAAAAAAAAAAGUAAUUUGAGAUCACACUUUGACUCUCACUUAAUGGAACAGUUUUCUUUCCUGGAUUGGCUUUCCUUACUCUUUUCCCUUAGCAGAUUUAUUUUAUACAUCACAGGAAAAUUUCUUGGGUUUAGAAUUAUAUAACGUGUUUUUGGACUGAAUUGUUACAAGUAUUUUAUUUUCAUUUGGAUCGUGAAGUUUUGAAAGUACUUUGAAAAAGAAAAAAAAACUGAACUUUUAAACUAAAGUUAGUAUUUUUUUCCAGAAAUGACUAUUAAAGAGUUACUCUGAUUAUACAAUAUGGUUUUUAUGCAUAGAAUUUCCACAUAAUUUGAAUUUAAUAUUUUAAAACAGUAUUUUGAUUAAUCUUCUAUUUUUUCACAGUUCAGUUGUAUGUGUUUGCACAUACAUGUUAUGUUUUGUAAUUGGAUCACAUAUUUCUAUGUUUAGUGAGCAGUAUGUCUUCAGUGUGUUAAAAAUAAGUUCAUAAAGCAGGGUACUUUUUACUCAGUGCUUAUCAUUGUACUUGCAUUGGUUUAAAAGACUAAAGUAAAUAUACUCAAAACAUUGCUUUCUAUUAAAUAAAGCAAAACCUUUCCAUAAAAAGUGA